UGUGUGGGACUGUGGACACUAUUUUCAUUUAGCAAUCAAUGCCGUAUUGGAUAUUUUAUUAUUCUUAUUGUUUUCUGUGUGCGAGGAUAGCCGGGUUAUGUUAUCUUGUCGCUCCCUGACCACUGGGAAGCUUGUGAGACAGUUGUAAUAACGAUGGUGUGUAGCUAUUUACAUAAUCGAUGUUACGGCUUGUUGGGUUCACGCCCGCUGGUGUUGAGGCUAUAAACUACCUCGACUGUCCAUCUACCUGCUUAUAUAAGUACCUGGAUUGAUGAAGGUACCUCCCGCACGUGGUUUUUUUUUUUACCUAGUUGUGUGUUGUGUAGUUAAGACACAUAUAGACAGGUAUAUGCAAAUGUGCUUCGUGUGCUGACACGACAGCUUUCAUGCCCGAAUGAUUGAAACUUGAGUGUUCACUUUCCUGUUGGGAUUACUUGAUUGUGUGUUCCUCACGGAUCGUAUAGGAGGCCGUGUUAGGUAUGGUGAGAAAUGUCCACGUGAAUAUAGACUGCUGACAGUAUCGACGACACACCAUACUAUACUACAUAUAACAUAUAUCGAUCCCCCACUGUAAGCCAGUACACACCAUAUAGUGUUGUGUGACUGUGUGGACGAACAUCACAGUGGGUGCAGCCACCUGUCUGUUGUGUGUGAUCAAGGAUUGCAGUUCUCACACAUCACUUAUCUUAUUUAGCACCCUGACGCUUCUUUCGAUUCUGUGGUGCUGUCGUCUAUUAAAAACACGGAUAUUUUGUCGAGUCAAAUGAAGAAAAGGCGUACAGUCGGAUAGUAAAUAUGUGCCACACACCGCAGGACUAGAUACUAGAGUCACCAGCAAAUAGAGGUAUGUGUAAACGGCAGUAUUUGUCUGAUCUUGUGAUCAAAGAUCAUUUGGAUGCAGAUGGGAGCAUUUGAUGUGAUGCCGCGUAAGACGGCCGCUGUUUACCAUAGCACAUCGACUUUGAGCAACUCCACUUCUGGCGGCUGGGAGUCGGCAGCAACAUGAAGAAGGAUCGGCUCUCUGUGAGCUCCCGCCUGGAUACACCCAGAAAACUGCGGGCUAGGGUCCAUCAGUCCGAUGGCUCCAUCAUAUCCGACCAUCAGCUAGACACCAGCUACACGUCCGUCAGUCGUAUCAAAGACAGGCUGUUCCAUUCCGGAGAUCUCCUACAACAGCAUGUGCCUUUGUACAAAACCAAACUUUUCCAUUCCGGUGGUUUUUUGUCCGCUCUCAGCCGGUCCAUUGACUCGCCGAUUGUUACAAGGUCCACAGACUCUACGCUUGUUAGCAGGUCACACCUGGCCAAAUCAGCAUCGUCCGAACUGACACUUUCAACCAUAUUUCAGGACAAAGCUGAAAACUUUGUCAUGGCCGCUCUCUUCUGUGCCUCAGAAGAAGGGAAUGUGGAUGGCCUGAAGGAAUUGUCUGAGAUGGCUGCCAACAUUGACCUUAACACAGCCAACAAGCAUGGAGAAACAGCAGUCCAUAUGGCAGCCAGUGGUGGACAUGUUGAUGUCAUCAAAUUUCUGCUAGCCAAAGGGGUGGACAUAUCUAUAUUGGAUAAGCAAGGAGAUAGUGCAGUAUACUGGGCAGCAAGGCAAGGCCAUACAGAAAUUAUACAAUGUCUUGUCCAGGCAGGGGUUUCCGUCAACACACAGAACAAGUCAGGGGAGACCGCUCUGCAUGUAGCAGCUAGGUAUGGACACACAGCUGCUGUGGAGUACUUGUGUAGUGUUGAUGCCAACAUUAACCUCUUUGAUAAUCUUGGUGAGACCCCUCUACACAGUGCUGCUUGGCAUGGCUAUGUUCAGAUUGUGCGCAUUCUGUGUCAGCAUGGAGCCAUGCUUUCACUACAGAAUAAGGAUAGAGAAACUGCCCUCCAUUGUGCUGCUGUCAGAGGAAAUGUUGAUUGUGUUAGAGUUUUGUUGGAGCAUGGCGCAUCUCUCAAUCAUACAGACAAACGAGGCUGUACAGCUGUCCACUUGGCCUGUCAAAGACACAACACAGCUAUUGCUCUCCUCAUUCUUAAUGCAGGCUGCAAAAUGGAUAUUUUUGACAAGGAAACAGGGGAGACAGCUCUACACUGUGCUGCCAGGGAAGGUCUCCUUAGUGUUGUACAGACGAUGUGUUCUUUAGGGAUUAAUGUGGAUCUUGUCACUACAGAUGGACAGACUGCCUUACAUCUGGCAUGUAAACAUGGUCAUAUAGAAAUUGCUCGGUCCCUGCUUCUUGUGGGUGCUGACCCUACCAUUGUUAACAAGGAUGGUGUCACUGGUGAAAUCAUGGCUUUAGCUCAGGGCUUUUCAAAUAUUGCUGAGCUCAUGUCUACAGUUAAAGGGGAAAAAAGACUGGCAUUCAUUAACCAGCUGAAACCUCUGCCUCAGCCAAUCAACCGUAUCAAGUUGAAGCUGUUAGGCUCAACUGGAGUCGGCAAGUCUGUCCUAGUGGAGUCACUCAAGUGUAGCUAUUUGAGUAGUUUCUUUAGGCGGAGGCUUCACCCACCUGGCCAUGGCAGUUCUAUCAAACAAAAAUCCAAGACCCAACUCUCCCGGCAAUUUAGCUUGCCCACCCCACUUAAUUAUGCAAUUGGGAAUCCUACCUAUACCAAAGGUGUGGAGGUUCAAUCCAUUAGUAUUGCAGGGGCAGGUGAGUUUAGUGUUUGGGAUUUCUCUGGCUAUGAGCCGUACUACAUGCUGUAUGAUUACUUCCUGGGAGAUGUCAACUGCAUUCAUGUGGUCCUCUUCAACCUGGAGGACUCUCCUGAAGAACAGAUGGCUGAAGUCAUUUUCUGGCUCAACUUUAUUAAAGCCAGGAUACACCCAAAGAUGCCUUUAGACCACUGUGGCAAGCUACAGAACACAGCUCAAGUGGUGCUGGUAGCCACACAUGCAGAUAAAGCCAGCACAGCCUGCCAUAAGACAUCCAGUGGGCUCCAUGUCAAUCAAGAUGCUCAGUACAUUCUAGAAAAAGCAAUAACCAUGUUUCAACACGACCUUGACAUUUGCCAAACUGUGUUUGUCAUGGAUGCGACAUCACCAUCUUCACCAGAUCUUAGAGCUUUCAAGCUGCAGUUGGCUAAAACUAGGACAAUAAUCUCAGAGCGCUUGCCAUGCAGCAAUGGUUUCCUGUCAGCCGUGGUCGCCCAACUACCAGAGUGGCGCAGAGCAUUUCAAGCCUACCCAGUCCUCAGCUGGCCCCAGUUUAUUGAACAGAUCCGGGGCUGCAUCAACCCUCUAGCCAGUGAUGAGGAUGUCAAGUUGUUGGACCGGCAGCUGCAGCUGAUGGGGGAGAUUGUUUAUCUCCAUUGCCAGACGGACCUAGUGGUCAUCAACCCACGCUGGCUAGGUGUAGAAGUACUUGGUCAUUUGUUGUCUCAUGAAAGGAUAGCUCAGAUACGACGGACUGGGUGUUUUUCUUUAGAUGAGUUUCAGCUGAUGUAUCCCAACACUGAUGCUCUCAGCUUAGUUCAGGUGCUGGAAGCCUUAGAACUCUGCACACCAUGUGACCUAGAGGAUGAGGUGGAGUAUGAGUUUCCGUGUCUGAACUUUGUUGAGGCUUUAGAAGGCCUGUGGCUGAGAGAUGAUAAAAGAUUCCCUAACCCAGUCUAUGGGGGUGUUAGACUUCACACAAGCUUUCAGUCUGGUGCCCAGCUCAAGUAUUUGUUCCCUCGCAUACAGGUGUGUCUGAGACGCAGCAUUCUCUCAGCUGAUGACCAGGACAAUGAGGACGACGGCGACACCAGUGACGACGACAAAGAAAAAGUGGACAAGGAUGCAGACCUCUACCAGUGGCACCACGGCUCCAAGUACUGCUGUGCCAGGCUGGAGGGGAUCAUUGACAUGGACAAGAACGAGCAGUACCUGGAGAUCAAGGUGCGGGGCCCUGAGAGUGAGAGGGCUAACUUGUACUAUUUCCUGGAGGAUUUCGUCAACAUCAUAGAACAAGUGGUAGAGAAUGUCUGCCCGGGUCUGUGCAUCGAGCGCUACACGUUGAGCCCGUCACAACUUAGGGAACAUGGGAAAGUUGUGCGCUCUUAUUCCCCCACAGAACUGCUGCGCAUGCAGAUAGAAAACAGGUCCUCUGUUGUUCUUGGUGGGAAACAAACUGAAGACUUCAUCGACAUUGUCUGCCUCGGCUCAGAGGAAAUUUUAGUGACAGUUACCCUAGGCAUGGACCUACCUAUCUCUCAUUUGACUAUUCAUACACAGAGGUUGUUAAGUUAUUUACUUGACCCACCAGAAGCCAUGGGCAAAGACUGGUGUCUGUUAGCUGUUACCUUAGGACUUAGUGAUGCUUUACCUGCACUGGAGCCUACAGGUGGGGAUGGGAACAAAGUCAGCCAGACACAGAAGGUGCUGAAUGAAUGGACAAGAAGACACCCUGAUGCAACCAUUAGACAACUUGUCAACAAACUCAAAGAAAUUGGUAGAGUGGAUGCAGUAGAAGCCAUUUUACGCACAGGUCCUCCAUUUAAAGUUCUUUCUUUUGAAGAUCCUAUAACUGAUGGCAGUGCUGGGACUCAAGGAACUAAUGCAUCAACAAACACAUUGUCUAACUUAUCUAGAUGACAGAUAUAAACAAUGUUAGAUGACAACAAUAUAUUGUCCUUAUUAACUAGAGAAACAGAUCUAAAUAAUGUAGAUAGAGUUGAAAUGGUCAAACUCAUCUACACAUCAAAGAUAAACUUCUCUUACUAAUGUAGAUGAGAAGACAAAUGAAAAAUGUCCCGUAUAUCUGGGUGGCAGAUGAAAGAAACACAACUGUCAGUAAGGAAACAGAUUAUUCUCGUGUAAUGGCUGAAGGUACCAUUUUAGUUCAUUACAGGUGAUUAGUGUUUCCAGUUCUAGGACGCAGUGUAUAUUUCUAGACAUUUGACAUGUCCUUUUAUCUUUAGGACUUUUUUUUUUUUUACAUAAUAUUGUGACUAGACUAGUUUUUUAAUGUAGAAUUGUGUGGGGUACUAAUGACAGUGUUUGUGGAUUGAGCUCAUUGUAAACCUGACUUUUAGUCUAGUUGUAUUUGCUACUAGCAUCAGUAACAUUUGUCUUUGACUAACAUCAGCCUACUGCUUCUACAUCAUUGCCAGGAGUUGACAAGAACUUUUUUAGAAUGUUAUUUACCAUCUACACCAACUGACCAGUGUUAAGCCAGAAAACACCCAUACCAUUCCAGUGGUCCAGUUUUUUUAAACUCAGAGCAUUGGCCUACACCAUUUUGUGUUUGGCCCACCCGUUCCUUGAUAAUUUUGUUUGCUCCAAGCCUAUCUCAAAAGUGUAUAUUUUUACAUGUUGUUUUGUUGUAUGAAAAUACCUUUAUACAAAGUGAAUGUUGAUCAUUCAUUACUAUGUACAUAUAACAUAUAGGGUAUAUAAUUUAUUUAUCUUGAUGUGCAGGUUAAAGGCUUUUGGUUUUUAUUAAAAGGUUUUGUACUGCCAUGGCAUUGCUUAAUUCCCUUUUUUAACAUGCAUAGUUAUUUCCCUUAAUUGAGCAAGUUGAGCAAUAAUUCAUGGCACUAAAUGUCUUUUUUCCCUUUGACAAAAACACCAUUGGGUUGGUGGUUAGCUGUGGCUUAUUAACUCUACAUAUUUAACAGUCAUGUGCCUUCAAGCCAACUCAAGCUACUGUGUUCCAGUUUUUGUUUUUACUUUGUAUUUUAUUAACAUUUACAGUUUUACUUUGGCAGCUUUCAUCAGUGCUGUUUAUUUUGUGAAAAAUUUAAGUUCCAAUACCAAAAGGUUGGCUACUGUCAUAUUCCAGACCCCUUUCAUAUCAUGUCAACAAAUUAUUUUUAGAAUGUAUACAGCAGUUUAAAAUUAGGACAGUUUGGUCUCUUAAGUGUUUGAGUAGAAUAAAAUAUGUAAGCUGUAGUCUAAAUAGAAAACAAUACAAUUAGUAGAUUCCUCUAAGUUCCCUCCCUUGAAAGCUGUACAAGUCACCUGCCCUUGAAGGUCUGACAUUAUUUGUGGGAGCUGCCAAAGUAAGGUUAAAAAAAAAACCACAAGCCCAUGAUUGACUUCUGUGAUACUCCGUGUUUUUAUCUCAUUCUUCUCAUUCACUUGUUGAUUGGGAGAUUCCUUCAGUAAGUGUGUGUAUGUCUUGUACACAAGUGUGGGCUUGCAUAUUCAACUGUGUACUGAACAACCAAUGACUGUCUUGUGGUUUCUACUACUGACAACAGACUUUUGUAACUUUUUUUUCUUUGCUCCUGUAAUAAAUAAUAAU